AUGGAACCUCUCCAACUAGGCAACAUCCCGCUGUUGUCGUAUGAAGCCCCCUCGCUUCCAGGAGAAACCGAUCUCGAUAUCAACCAGAGAGCAAACGGCCCAUCCGACGCUGCCAAUACGUUGCACACAACGAAAACCUUUGCGGCACAGGGUACUAGCCAGUUUGCGCUACCAGAGAAUUCCGUGCGCUCAUUCUAUCCCGCCCAAGGCGAGGCCGUCGAAAAUCGCGUCCUGCCGCACGUUGUCCUAAACGAUCCCCUCAUCCCAUGGGAGCGAGACGCGAACAAUGAUCAAACGCUCACGGGGAUCCUGGGAUCCGACGCACGAGUCCCAUGGUUAGCUCUGCUCGUCUUUACGGCGGAUGAGCUACAAGAUGUGCCCACCCUCAACUCGCCUACUGAGUUGUCUCCUACCCGAGCGGCAACGCUCACCCAACAGCAGCUGUUUGAAUCCCAUACCGGGGACACCAGGCUCAGGGUCCCGUUUAGCCGCUCGGAUCUAGAAAAAGAUGAGAAUGUCAAUGUUAUCUUUGUAAAGGCUAGUGCCUUUAAUGCGUAUUUCUCCGAGCAGGUGCCGGGAGAGAAAACGCCAGCGAUAGGAAGAUACUCCUUGCUAUCCCACGUUCGACGCUCGGCACAAGGAGAAGGACCAGAGGCAGACUCUUGCGGUGUCGUAAUCGGCCAUCGCCAUGGUCCGGCAGACACUACGAACCCGACGUUGGCGGUUGCUCACCUAGUCUCGUUGAUCGGGGUUCAAUCUGAUCACAUGGCCUUCCCCGCUCAAGCCGACGAUGUGAGUGUGUUGGUCUCACUGCACUCGUGGUCAUUCCAAUGGACACCUUCGGAAAAGGUUGAACUUGUACAGCAUCUAAAGAACUUGAUAAACAACAUUCGACCGCUGGCACGCUCGGAGGCGGCCCUGGGGAACCCCCAAACAAAGCCUAUCGAUUCGCCUCGAGCAGCUUGGAUGAAGACCUUGUUCGCCAAUGGAUACACCACCGUAAACCAUCGUUUGGUGACCGGAGAGCUAACAGCGGCGAUGUACCGCGGGCCUUUGAUUCCAAACCGACCGCGGAGGACGGAAGCAUCUGCGAUCGAACCACAAUCUCGUGAAGUAAACCUUCAACGGUUCGACGCGAAGUCGGAUCUCAUGGACAUUUCGUACCAGGUGGCAUGGAAUGUCGGCCGCGAACUUGCCCUAGAGAAUUCGACGUUCGUGGUAGAAAUUUCUCGCCUCCGUCGUGACAUUCUCACUUGGCUGGAUCCGGCCUGGAAGCCACUUGCACUACCUGCAACUCAGGCUGACGAUGCAACUAAACCCGACUGGUUGAGUGAUCUUUCGAGGGCAGUCAAGGAAACACAAAAUCCUCUCUCUUCCUCCCGCCCAGAAACAAGCCCAGCAGUGCGUUCGCGAUGGAGGGUGUCUACUGGAACAGCUGUCGAAGGGGAAACCAAGACGGCGAUACCCUCAACAAACCUGACGAGAGGACAACAAUGGCUCGACUCCAUGGUUACAUCGUUGGCUCAGAAGACUAUCAACCCGAACUCAAGUACGCAUGAAGAACCUUUGGCCAAAGUCAUCGAGUUCGUCACAGAAAACCUACUGUCCCUCAAGGGAGUUCCCCUAGCCCACCUCUUUCCGGAACCAAAUCUUCUCUUAGAUGACGCCAUCUUGAUAUUUAGUGUUGACCCAGAUUGGAUUGUUGCACUCGUUGACGGGGCACUCAGUAUCGGAAACACGCAAGACUCCGACAACACCGCUAAACUCGAAAUGCGACGCGCCAUCAACACCUUUCUCACGGCACGCAGGGCAGCGGCCGGCAAUGGCGGAGGAUCCGGUGCGGCGACAUGGGGAAUCUGUGUUUGCGGAAAGCUCCCCAGCAUGUUCCCCGAGCUCAGGGUUCGCGCGAGCAACAUUCUACUUACGAAGAGGAUACACGAUAGUUGUUUACUCGUGAUUUUCGACUCGUACCCGGAGGAUCUCGCCAAUGGCAUCUCUCUGAUUCCGUCUCCCAAUCAACAGCGGUUCGUGGCCGCUACCUUGUUGACUGAAUCAACAAUCUCCAUCAACAUGGCUCCCAUGCCAACAAGAGAAUCUAUUCCCGACACUGACAAGAAUCCUCCAUUGGUCAUGACGGAUGAGACAUCGCCAACGAUAUACUCGUUUCAGACGCGAUGCCUUCACAUGUGGAAUAUCAGGAACAACUAUACCACCUAUGCAACCAAGCAUCUUCCGGACGAUAGCUUCAGUAGCAAGGGAUCAGCGGCUUCCCUGGCACUAGCCUUUAGCGACAAACUCCUCCAGCUUGACUUGAAGUUGACUGAUACGCUUGUUGAUGCGAGCAAGGCACCUAAUCCCACUUUCCAGCUCUGUGAAGUGUCACGGUUGACAGAAAUACCUAUCCAGGAUGGGACUCGGCCUUGA